AAAGUCUUGCUUCACCCCUCACUUUCUCCACCAUUCAUCAUAUCUUCUGUCAAGUGUGCCAGUUUUACUCUAAAAUCAUGGCCCAGAACAUGACUCUGCUGUGGGGCUCUGGCUCUCCCCCCUGCUGGAGGGUGAUGAUUGUUCUGGAGGAGAAGAACCUGCAGGGGUACAACCAGAAACUGCUUUCCUUUGAGAAACAGGAGCACAAGUCCCAGGAAGUCAUGGCCAUGAAUCCCAGAGGACAGGUGAGUACACCUUUAACCCUCCUUUAAAUAGAAGAAGAAUCAAAUCUCAGCCGUUCUGGUACAAAUAUGCACAAACUCAUAUUGAUUUUUGUUCUUAAAUAAUGCUGCUACUGAACAUUUUCAUUCACUCUCUCUUACUCAAAGCUUCCCGCUUUCAAAGUUGGAAAUUACACUUUGAAUGAAUCCUAUGGAGCCUGCUUAUACCUGGAGGUAAGAAGUUUGUUCUUGUGAAACUUUUCUGCCUCCUUCUGGCACUAAGGGGUUAAUAAUUAUACUCCCUGUAUGCAACAAUGCCCUAUCAGACACCCUACACCGCAGAGGAACAGAAACCGGAGCUUCACACAGCUGCUCAUAAUAGUGUCUCUUUUCAUGUUUCCAACAACAGGACCAGUUCAAAUGCCAGGGAACCAAGCUCAUCCCUGACUGUCCAGGAGAGAAGGCCAAGAUGUUUCAGCGCAUGUUUGAGGGUUUCACCCUUGCUGACAGAAUGGGUACGUUUAAUCCUGAUAUGUUAAGCCAAACUGUCAACACAAACUGUUCAACCUACAAAUUAUGGCAAAAUAAACUUUCUUUAAAUUUGAGCGGUUGGACUUUUAAAACCUUUCUCUCAGCGAUAACUUCAUGACUUCAUUGAUGUUGUUGUCGCUAAGAGGUCUUCCUUUUGGGAUUAUGUUGCUCAUGGCAGCAUCACAAACUGCUGUGGCACCGUCAAACCUCUGAGAUUUCACGUCUUCAAGUCAGUCUCCUCAGAGAACUACCUGAGCGGUUCAAAACACAUGCCACGCACUAAUGAGCAGUGCAGUCACGUAAUUAAGAAACAUACAGUAGAACCAUGCGUAAGGUCAACAAUGGAGUGCACCCCGAUAACAGGUAGGAAUGCUGAGGGGUCACAAGUUAAUCCCACGAAGGAUCACAUGCUGAAACAGUUUUGCAGAGAAGCUCGAGUCACGGGACAGGAUAGGAGGGCAAAACUGAGAGAGAGUAGCACUCCUACGCAGUGAAAAAUCCGGUUUAAGUAAAAGUAAAAGUACUCUACAAAUACAUGCUGCUUCAAACUGUCUUUGAAGCCCUGCAGUUUGAAACUGAUGUUACGUAAUAAUCAUCAGCCCAAUUUAGGCCCCAGGCUGCAGAGGAAAUGAGAACAUUUAGCCGAGGCACAAUGUGGGAGCGGGUGUUGUUAAAUAUUUAGACAGAUUUUGUUGAUAACUCUCUGAAACCUCCAAGAGCAGCUGUCACAACUGAAUGCCUUACUUGUUUUUUUUGUUUGUUUUUUUUCAGCCAACGUUAUCUACUACGACUACAAGGUCCCAGAAGCAGAGCGACAUGACAGCGCCGUAAAGAGAAACAGAGAGAUGCUUUCCGCUGAGCUCAAACUGUGGGAGGGGUACCUGACAAAGGUACACACACAGAUUAUGUCAUACUGUUCCUUCAGACACUGAAAACCUCAGCUGCAGAGAGUCUUGAACAGCAUCCAAGUUUAACUUGAUGAAGGGUGUUUCUACUCUCACGCCCAUGCAGUUAAUUAGCUCUAAACAGUAGCUGGUUAGUUUACUUCAGCAGAGUACCUUGGUUCACUUGCAGAUUAAAUUUUAAAAAAUUGAGUUUAAAUGUUUUUAGAGCAAAUGAUUGCAGCUCUGUUCAGCAGCUGAUAUCAUUCUUCUGGUUCUUCAGGGAUGUGAGUCGUCGAAGGACUGCUGUUAUCUGGCAGGAAAGGACUUUUCACUCGCGGAUGCGGUUGUUUUUCCAAGCAUUGCUUACGUCUUCCGCUUCGGGUACGUGUUCAUAACAUCUGAAAACGAUCUUCCUGCUUUGAAUAAUUCCUGCAAGAGAUAAUGUGAGCUCUGUACCAAUUUUUCUCCACUUUACAGGUUAUGUGGGCUGAAAUACCCAAAACUGGCAGCUUACUAUGAGUGUCUGAAGGAACGACCCAGCAUCAAAAAGACCUGGCCGCCCACCUGGAAGGAAACCCCCGGACAGGACCUUCUGAAGACCGUUUAAGAGUCAAGCACUAAUCAGCUGACACACUGGACUUGCUCCUGCUGUGUGUUAUGUAACCACUCCUUGCUUUGCACUACUCCGGCUGUGUGCAUUUUAAAAAAAUGUGCAUUUGCUGUUAUUGUGAUAACAGUGGGUUCAGUAAUUGACUCUGCGAAUGAAGCUUUAUAUUCUGUAAACUAAAACAAUAAAAAUUCACUGCUCACUGGGUGCUUUACAGAGAUCAGCUUGUGUUGAGUCCUUUAUAGUCAAAUGUGUGUGGGGUCCUCUGAAGACCAGUUUGACUGAAAUAUGCUUCCAAAAUGGGUAUUUAAUGACUUUAAAGUAUAGUCACUUGUUUAUGAGUUAGACAUCCACAGUGUAAUCACCUUGUACCAUCUUUCCUGCUCUCUACAGGUUCAAAAGCGGGG